AUGGUGACACCUGCUCGAGUGAUCUUCCUUCUGACAUGUUUGCUUUCAAGGAACAAUGAAUGUAUUUCAGCAUUGAACCCUCCUAUGGAAUCCUCUUCAUCUGAUCUUCGAGAAAGUGUUUUUAUCUCAGCUCACAUCGGAGGAACUGUAACUUUACCAUGUUUCUAUGAAGGAAAUUAUCUGCAAUAUGUUUUAUGGUACAAAUAUAUUCUGGGACAAAAACCAAAACUUGUGUCCUACCAUAGUAAAUAUUCAAAAUUACCCUUCUCCAGUGAAUACAUGAAUGAUCCACGCUUCACAUUAAAACCAUCAGACAAAAGUGUUAAUUUGACAAUUUCAUAUCUGAAACUAUCAGACUCAGCAAAUUACUUCUGUAUUUCAGAUCAUCAAACAUAUAUUUUUUUCAAAGCAGCUAUUACAGUUGAUGUUAAAGGAUCAGGUUUAACCAUCCAGACUUCAGUAGAUCAGUCGUCCUCUGAGAACAUCCAUCCUGGAGACUCUGUGACUCUGAACUGUACAGUACACACUGGGAGCUGUGAUGGAGAACACAGAGUUUACUGGUUCAAAGACUCUGAAGACUCUCAUCCAGGACUCAUUUACACUCAUGGAGGCAGGAAGGAUCAGUGUGAGAGAAAGAAGAACACACAAACACACAGUUGUGUCUACAAUCUCCACAUGAAGAAUCUGAAUGAGUCUCAUGCUGGGAUCUACUACUGUGCUGUUGCCUCAUGUGGACACAUUCUGUUUGGAAAUGGGACCAAACUGAACCUCACAGCUCCUCUGAACUCUGUGAUUCUUCACACUUUGGUUGGAUUAUUGACCAUCAUGAGCGUCCUCGUUGUUUUUCUGCUUUUUCUUCUGUGGAAGAUCAACAAGAGAAACAACUGCACCUCCACAGAAGAAAGAUCACCUGCUGCACCCUUAAGAAGCUCAGAGGCUGAGAACAAAGACACAGAAAGUCUCCAUUACGCUGCUAUAAAAGUCAAGGGGUCCAAGAGAUCAAGAAGACAGAAGAACGACUCCAACUCAGACUGUCUUUAUGCCGGUGUGAGACCAUAGAUUUAAACUUUGAAGUCACUGAUUUGAUUUUUAUUGACCUUUCCCCUAUAUAAAAUAACAAAAAAUGAAUUUUUCUAAUAUUGUCUGUGGUAAAAAUGAAACACUGGAUUUUAUUUCAGGGGAUUUUGUUUAGUAAAUUUGAUGUAUUUAAUUUUUUGUUUGUUUGUCAUGAAUUAGAAGCUAUUUGCCCUUAAUUUAGACAGUAUUUGAUUUUUCACAUUAAACAGAAAUCAUUCAACAUUAAAUUAUUUAGAAGGCAAUGCUUUCGAGAACUAGUCCUCUCCUUAACUCCAUCAGUGGGUGUGCCUGGUCG